AAUUAUUGAGAAAGAAAUUCGAACUAUUUAUCUACUAGAUCGAAUAAUUCAAACUCGCCAUUGAGUUUGAUAAUGCGCUCUUCCGUUAUCAUAAAAGGGGACAGGGGAAAUGAAAAAAGCUUUAGAACAACAACGUCGUUAAGAAGGAGAAUACAUCGACGAAUCCGUUCGAUCGAAAGCGAGUUGAUGCAAAUUCAAAUAGACGCACUCGUACGUAGAAUAUAUGUGUUUACGGUUGAUGGUCCUUAGUUUGUUGACUCGUCGUGAAAGAGAGAUAGAGAGAGAGAGAGAGAGAGAGAUGACAUUUCGCAUUCCGAUGUAGUACACGAAGGAUUAAGCCGAGCGCAAUGCGAUCGUUUGUCCGCGCGAUUACGCCCGCAAUAAUUUAUGCCGCAAUACGAGACAUCGCUACGAUAGUAGAUUGCGCGAUAGAGAUAGAGAGAGAGAGAGAGAGAGAAAGAGAGAGAGCUGCUAUAAUUGUAAAUGGCUCCGUCUCGUUAUUUCGCACACGAAAUGCUCGCGCUAUCAUUCGAGAUCGAUCGCUCGAUUGAAUUACUCGCAAGAAAUUUAUUCGUAAUUUUUUUAAAAAUAUCUAGGCUAAAACGUCUAGGGAAAUCUUUUUUUAAUAUCAUCCAUCUACCAAGUAUCAUCGUCGUUGUAGAAGCGAGAUCAAAAUCGUGGAGGAAUCUCUUGAAAAGAAACGGGAAAGCAUUUCGAGAAGCAUGCGAAACGAAGAGACGGAAAAAAAGCUCGAGGCAUUAUCCGAUUUUUACGAGAAAGCUAAAGAAAAGAUACGUCGCCUUGAGGAGGAAACGAAGGAAAACGCGACGCGAAAAGAAUCCUUUGAAGCGAAAACUCGCGAAUUAGCAAAUCUGUUGGAAACUUUGGAGCACUUCGAUCUCGACGUUAAAAUCUUGUGUCGCCUUACCGCGGAAGCCGUGGAAAAUUUGACCAAAGUCGGACUACACUUCGCGGAAACUAUAAAGAAAUUGAGACAGUUUACUUGGAAAGCCAAUGACAAAGGGCGCGACAGCGAAACGGAUAAAUUGAGAUCUCAAAAUUUAAUACUGCGAGAAAUUGUGAAGAGUCUUAAGCGAAAGACGCAAUUUCGAUCGGACAAUCAAGUUUCAAGAGAGAAAGAAGAUUUAAAGGAAAGCAUCGAUGAGAGAAAAAACAAAAUCGAAGAGUCUCAUAAUUAUAGGGAUUUAAAUGUCAACGAUAACGUAAAAGAGAAUCGAAAUGAAAUAUGGACAGAGCACGAAGCGAACUCGAAAGGAAACGACGACGGCGUAGAAAAUGUUGUAAACGAUACGUCGUUCAAAAAUGAUUUCGAAGAGGAUCGAACGAUUAUAAACGACAGAAAAGAAUCCAAAGAAAAACCUUUUCCAACGAGAUAUAAUCGUGAUAGUAAGGACAUCGUGUCCAACGACGUUGAUGAAAAAUUGCUCUGCAUCGAAUCGCAUAAAAAUGGAAUUUUUUAUGACGAAUAUGUGAUCGGAUUCUCAAACAAUCGACAAAUGAAAAUCAAACAUUCGCCUGUGACCGGUACAAAGGUGGCGCACUUAAAAUUGGAAAUUGUGGAUUGCGAGGAAAAAUAUCAGGAAAGUUCCCCGGAUAAAGUCGUAAUACUUUUGAAAAAUCUUUCGACGUCCAUUAAAAUCAAGCGUACCGGCAUUAACUGUGCCACUCAGACGGUAUUAACUCGAAAGCGUGAUAAUUAUACGCAAACUUCGAUCACUGAAAUACGCAAUUUUCUACGAUUAAAUGUUGGCUAUAAGGUAGGUACUCGAACGCGCGAUAAUAAUUCUUUCAUAAAAUCAAUAUCAUUGUUCUUAAGAAAAGCUUCAUCGAUCAAACAGAUGUUAAAUAGCGAAAAACGUGCCAUUGAAAGGAAUUUAUCAAGUUUGGAAGAGACCGUAGCUCGUUUAAAAUAUAACACGUUACAUCAUGCACGAUCUAUGAUUGGAAAACAUUCCAAAUGUUUGAGAAACGAUGAAUUUUUUGAGUGCAUCGAACGUUUGGCUGCAGACUGAAUAAUACAUACUGUUGAAAAGUUUGAUAAGAACAUAACUAGAUGAUUGGGCAAUUAAAAAAAACUCUCACAUUGUAGAAGGUUACUAAUCGUUAUUUUUGUUUUGUCAUUAAAAACGCUAUCCAAUUAAUCUUAUACAAUUACUAUACACGCAUAGAUGUACAUAUUAUAAACAUAUACAUGUCAUACAUACAUGUAUAUAUGUAUGCAUGCAUGCACGUGGGUACGUCUGUGUACGUAUUUAAAAUUAUGCAGAAAUAGUUCUGCAAUUUACGUCUACUAUUUCAAUCGCAUAUAGCAUUUCUUUUCUUUUAUAUUAAUAUUAAUCAUUCUAGAAUGAAAAUCUUUUUCCUAUUUUUAUUUUAACAUAAAUAUUUUCUUUUCCGUGAGUGCCAAGAAGAGCAAAAUCUUUAAUAGUGUAAAAUGCAACUAGUGUGAAAAUCCUUGUGUGUGUGUGUGUGUGUGUGUGUGUAUGUAUAUGUUAAAUUCUUAGAAGUAUACGUUGAAGACUAUCUAUCCGCGUGUUUCUAUCACUCGUGUUUAUAUUAUCCAUUAAAUGCUUUGUGCAUUAAGUUAGUUUUCUAUCCACAUAAAUCUUACUUUAAAAAUGUAAAAAACGCGCGGAAUUAUUUUUUAUUUAUAUACAUAUUUAUUUAAAUGCGUGUUAUUUAUAUAU